AUGAAAAUAAAAUCAAAUAAGGCAAGUUAAAAAAACAAAAAGACUACCUCCACUACCAUCUCCUCUGAUUUAUUGGAUAUUACAUACAUUUGUCCUAGAAUCCUUGCUAUGUCAUUCCCUAAUGACGGAAAUUCAGAACACAAAAAUAAGAUAGAUGAUGUAGCAUUGAUCUCUAUUGUGAUUAGGUUGCUCAAUAUCUGCAAUAACGUCAUCAUAAUGAUUAUCAGAUUUAUAAUUUGAGUGGGUUACAAUACGAUCAUACUAAAUUCAAAGGAAAAAUUUACACUUUUGUAUAAGCUGGCCCUUAUUAUUUUAGCCAUGGGAAGAGAAGUCCACACCUAAUUUGGGAUAUUUGUUUAUGUUGUGUAAGCACAUUGACGACUUUUUAUCAUGUAUUUUAAGAAUCUAUUCCAAGCCAAAUUAUCAAACGUGAUUGUUGUACAUUGCAUUAACGGAAUUGGAAGAACUGGAACUGCAAUUUGUUGCUAUCUCUUGUACAGUGGUCGCUUCUCCAAUGCUGAAGAGGCCUUGUUUUAUUACGACAAAUAGAAACAUUUGAAAGGAGGUGGAAUUACUAUGCCCUCAUAACUUAGAUAUGUGAAGUACUUUGAAAAGUUAGUUUUAUCAGUUAAUUACUAGAAUACUAUUCUAAAGAAAUAUAUAUCCACCUAUCAAAUACUUGACUUCCAUAGUUAUCCAUGGCAUUCCAGAUAUCCAAGAUAAGUAAUGCAAACCAUUUUUAGAAAUCUACACUUAUGAAAAGUCUUGCAAGACUUUGAAAUAUACUGAUAAACUAGAGGUAUUAUUAAUUUGAGACUUAGUACAAAGAUUAAAAGAAGGCCAAAGAUUUAAUGUUGAAAGAUAUCGACUUAAUUAGAAUUAAUAUAGGCAAACCUUUUUUGGCAAUCGGAGACUUAAUGAUUAAAUUUAAUCAUAAUGGUAUUAUAAAAUACAAUAAUGAGGCCAUUUUGAAGUGGAACCAAUGUUUCGAGUUUCCUUUAAUACUGCCUUCAUUGAAGAAAAGUAAAAUUAUAAUAUUCUAGGAAUAGCAAAUUGAUUCUAAAGAUUGAAGAUUUGGAUCCUUUCAAAUUAUAAAAGGAUGAUAGAUUUCCUGCUGAUUUGAAAGUAGAGAUUCAGUUUAAAGAUUUCUGUAAAUGCACAAAUGAAAUAUAAUUUAAUUAAAGGUGUAAAAGCUGUUUAAACUUAUCCAAACAACUUUGCCCUGAUUGGGAACUCAUCUAAAACAUUCUAAAUGAUUACAUUAAGCAUAGUGUUGAAGAGUCAUAGAUCUUAUUAUUUGGGGAUGCUGCAUUUGACAAUCUCAAUGAGAUAAAAUAUCAAACAUGUAAACUAAUCUCGAUAAAAAAAUAGUUUCAGGAGGACGCGCUCGUACUGAUAUUAUUAAAGAUACCGAUGAUGAAUUUUGA